AUGGGUUCAACUGGUGAUCUCCCCUCUGCCCUCGGGCUCACUGGAAUCGGUCCAGAUAAGCCUAGAGUUGCUGUCGAUGCAUUUCUUCUACGUCAUCCUGGAAUUGACUAUGUGCGAUUUCAGUGGGUGGACUACUCAGGCAUUUUGCGUGCUCGGGUGGUCACCAUGGAUUACUUUCAGUCAAUAGUGACAGCCAACAAGCCACUCAGGUGCGGCCAGAUCACCUUGAGCUGUCUCCCCGAUGAGAGUCGAGUGCCAUUUGAGGCAUCAUCUGCCCAUUUGCUGUAUCCAGACUGGUCCUCGCUCAGAGCUCUCUCCAAUUGCAUGGAUAAGAAGGGCCCGAAUUAUGCCUCUGUGAUGUGCUCCAUCAUCGAGGAAACUCCUGGGGUCAUGUCCAACCCAAACCUGUGUCCUCGAAUUGCUCUGAAGAAUGUUGUUUCUCGAGGCAAGAAAGAGCGCCAGCUGGACUUUCUCAUCGGUUUUGAAAUCGAGUUCGUCGUUCUGCAGUCUGCCCCGGAUGGCACCCUUAUCCCAUUUUCGUCGCACCCUGGGACUUAUUCCGCUGCCGGGCUGCGUGCGCCUUCCUACAGAUACCUGGAGGAGUGCGUGCAGAACCUUUCUGAUUCCGGGAUCCCUGUCCGGGAGUUUCAUGUGGAAGGGAACAUCGGCCAGUACGAGAUCACUCUAGCUGCUCGGCCUCCACUUGAAGCUGUCGAUGAUCUUGUUGCCGCCCACGACAUAAUCAGGUGCACUUUCGCUGGCCAUGGUUAUACAGCCACCAUGUCUCCCAAGCCGGUGGAAAAUCGGUCCGCAAAUGGCUCCCACAUCCAUGUCUCUAUUCACCCUCCCACCGAUCAAGAAUCUUUCCUUGCCGGCAUGCUUCAGCGUCUGCCUGCCAUCUGCGCCUUCUCCAUGCCUUCCAUUAGCUCCUACCGGCGCUGUGGAGAUUUCCAGGCAGGGACAAAGGUAAGCUGGGGGACGCAAAACCGCCAAACCCCGGUUCGCAAACUUGGCGAUGGGUACUGGGAGGUUCGAUGCGCCGAUGCCACCGCUAAUAUGUAUCUGGCCGUCGCGGCUAUUCUAGGCGCGGGACUGUUGGGAAGCCGGAAUGAGGAGCCUCUUUCAUGGGAGGAUAUGUCGUUCUCUUCUGGCUCCAAAACUGCCUAUGAGGAGCUUCCACGAACUAUCACUCACUCACUUGAUUCCCUCGAAGGGGUCUCUGAUGAGUUCUUGGAAAUCCUCAGCAGUAAGGUUGCCUCGAGGUAUUUGUAUGUAAAACGGAAUGAGGUUCGGGCUUUAGAGGGGCUUGAGUCGUAUGGACUGAGCCAGCUUUUAUCGAAGGUCUUCUAG